UGUUCCCGAGGCGCACCGCGGCUAGCCUAGACGUGCGUGGAUGAGGUUUGCCUGUGGGCCCACCCGCUGCCCUUCCUCUGGACUCCCUGGAGCCUGGCUGCAGCUCAGCUUCCGGCUGGGAUGGACCUCCGGUCCUGUGGAGCCCGGGAGCGGUUGGUGACCGUGUCUGGUUGCAGUGAGGGUAGCCAUCAAGGGGGCAAUGACUGACUCCAGGUUGCCCUGACAUGCUGCUUCCUCGUGUUUGCUUAUUGGAUUAUCGUUCCUCUCUUCCUGGAAUAUGGGUCGGGGGAAGAUAUCCCUAAGGACUGAGAAGGGAGAUAGCCGGUCUGGGUUGGUGUCACUGGGCUGUAGCUUUGGGAAACCUGGGGUUAGUACACUGUGGGACAGACAGGUGGCUCUGAGUAGAGGUGGAAUGUUCAUUCCAGGAGGUGAGAGGGAGGCCCCGGGGGAAGAGAGAAAGACCAGAGGCUGUCUUAAACCAAGAUGUGGAGGCGUUUCUUACAAAAGCUGUCCAGUGCCCAGGGCUGGGGCCUUGCACCUGCACCCUUAAGGCCUUAUUGGCAGAUGGGAGGGGCUGAUGGAGUUGACUCUCUGCUUGCCAGCUGUCAGAAGGCCAGGGUAUCACAGGCUCAGGCCUGAGGCUAAGGACUUGGUCAAAAGUGAUUCAGCCCUCUUCCUUAGGCUGUCCCAGCUUGGGAUCUCUCAAGGCCAGCAUGUGGCAGGUUCUUCACCCUCUGGCUCUCUUUCACUACACAAUCUCUCUCCUGGCUGCCAAGAGUUGGCCUCCUGUUUUUACAGUCUUCUGUACACCUACUAGAGUCAAGAUCUGCUCCUAUGGCCAGCCCUGGGCAGCCUGGGCCCGGGGAGGGCCAGGAGGAAGAGGAGACAAAGGGAGUCUCGGCCGCGGCAGGGCAUCAUCAUCGUGUAGAGGUGCUGCAGCAGGCCCAGGAGCUCUUUCUGCUGUGCGACAAGGAUGCUAAGGGCUUCAUCACUAGGCAGGACUUGCAGGGCCUACAGAGUGAUCUUCCCCUUACGCCUGAGCAGCUGGAGGCUGUAUUUGAAAGUCUGGAUCAGGCCCACACUGGCUUCCUCACAGCCCGGGAGUUCUGCCUAGGCCUGGGGAAGUUUGUGGGGGUGGAGUCGGCCCAAGGUGGGUCCUCCUUGAGGACUCCUGAGGAAACCUUUGAGUCAAGCACAGGGGGCUCUCUGGAGGAGGACGACGAUGUUGAGACAUUCUGCACUUCCUUAGAGAAGCUGGGAGUGGCCCGGGUCCUGGGCGAGCAAUGGGCUGUGAGGACACUCUGGGUCAGGCUACAGCGCGAGCGACCCGAGCUGUUGGGCUCUCUGGAGGAAGUCCUGGUGCGCGCGUCGGCCUGCCUGGAGGCGGCGGCCCGGGAGCGCGAUGGUUUGGAGCAGGCGCUGCGGCGGCGGGAGAGUGAGCACGAGAGGGAGGUGCGCGGCCUUUACGAAGAGCUGGAGCAGCAGCUGGGGGAGCAGCGGCACCGCGGGCAGAGCCAGAAACUACCCCGGGAGGAACCGAGGGGCCACCUGGAGCUGGAGCUGCAGACCCGCGAGCAGGAGCUGGAGCGGGCAGGCCUGCGGCAGCGGGAACUGGAACAGCAGCUGCAGGCCCGGACUGAAGAACAGCUAGAGGUACAGGCCCAGCACAGCCAGCUGCGCAGGGCCUAUGAGGCCAUACGGGCACAGCUGGACCAGGCGCAAGAGCAGCUCAGCCGGCUGGAGGGCGAAGCACAGGGCCGUCAGGAGCAAACCCAAAGAGAUGUGGUUGCUGUCUCCAGGAACAUGCAGAAAGAGAAACUCAGCCUCCUAAGGCAGCUGGAGCUGCUGAGGGAGCUGAAUCUGCGCCUUCGAGAUGAGAGAGAUGCCUGUGAGACUAAGCUGCUGGGCAGUAGCCACAGGAAGGCUCUAGCUAUUGGCCACAAGCCUGGGCCCACCUACUGCUGCUGCUGCUGUGGCUGGGCUCGGCCCCCCAGACGAGGCUCUGGCCAUCUUCCUAGUGCCCGGUGACCAGCCCCAAAUGACUCACUAGGCCUUCCUCACCUAGAGGAGCUACUCCUAGAAGGGGACUGGUCAUGGGUGGUGGUUGCCUGCUAAGUGUGGGGCUCUAGGCAGAAAGCAUCAUCACCUGCCGGAAGGAACUAACCUCUGAGUGGUCAAGGUCUUCAGUCUCCGUCCUGUUCUCACCUCUGUUUAGCGGACCAAUAAAGGCCACUGAGGACUGUG